GAUGUGAUUCGAUAUUGAUCUUCUGCACCUUUAACUAACUUCAUAUCCUUUUAUCGAUACUAAGUUCCUGUUUUCUUGAUGAGAAGGUGGAUGAAUUGGACAAAACAAUUGUUGUUGCAACGAGAUCUGCUUCUUGGUAUGGUAUUGUUCAUAUCGAGCUUGAUAAAAGAAGAAGAUGGACCAGCAAUGCCCGUGCUCAAGUAUAGCUGUUGAUGCCAUAUAUAUAUAUAUAUAUUCUCCUUUUUUCCUUAAAAUAAAAGAGCUAAUUUAAUUAGGUAGGAAGCAUGAGGAAAGCAGUAGUAAAGGAGUCAAAUGGGACAAGUACAUCUAAUCUUAAUGAACUGUUGAGACUGCCAGAUUCUGAUCAGAAUGAGCGAUCUGAUGCAUACUCUGCCCGAGAUAAUGAUGACUUCAUAUCAUCAGAAUCAGAUAGACAAUUGCUUCUUAUGAGGCAACAGGAUGAUGAGCUAGACGAGCUUAGUGCUAGUGUAGUUAGAAUUGGAGAUAUCGGGCUCACCAUGCAUGAUGAACUUCUUGCACAUGACAAGAUCGUAAAUGAAUUGGGCAUAGAGAUGGACAGUACAUCUAAUCGUCUUGAUUUUGUUCAGAAAAAGGUCGCCAUGGUAAUGAAGAAGGCCAGCGUCAAGGGACAGAUGAUGAUUAUCUGUUUUCGGAUAGUUUUGUUCAUUGUCCUUUUCGUUCUAGUUUUCUUGACCUAGUUUCAUUUGUUUUCUGAUAGUUUUGUUUUAUUCCAUUCAUUCUGAUUUUCUCGACCUAGUUUCAUUUGUUUUCUGAUAGUUUUGUUUUAUUCCAUUCAUUCUGAUUUUCUCGACCUAGUUUAUGUAUGUAUUGUUAGGGAAUAAUAACUGGCUUCCAUACAUCAUAUAUAAAUUGAAAAUCCGGGCAUCGAAACUAAGUAUAGAUUUUGUCAUAUUCUAACAAAAAGCGAAAUAAUAGUAGAGUAUGUUA